GGUUUUCCUUCCAUUAUUAUUCCAAUUCUAAGAAUUUAAAGCAUUCUCUAUGUUGUGCCUGUUGCCAUUUCAUGUAUAUUUGGAUUGUCAUUGUAGAAACGUGAUUGAGGAACAUUUAAUUCUUUAUUGUGAUGCGAAACCCUCUAUAUCUGCGCAUUAUAGUUUGCUUCUCUAUAUCCCAGUCAUAAUUUGACGUGUUUAAUGUGUAUUUCAAUUGCAAUUCCAAUAUUAGGCAUAGGAAUUUUAAAUUCAAUGCUGUUCCAAUAGAACUCAUAUUAGGUAUGGGAUGUAGCACUGACACCUCUGAAAAAUGGCGUCUCUGUGCCGUGUUUGACACCGAAACCUACACUGACACUUGUGAUUACCUUCAAUUUAUUUAUUUUUCAAAUUAUUACCAGUGUUACCGUGUCGGUGUCGGUGUCGUGUUUGGGUGUCCGUGAUUCAUAUAUUGGAAGCUAUAUUUGUCUUUGUCACGACUAGUUACCGGUGAUACAAAUGAGUGUUGUGACAGAUUCUCCUGUACAUUCUUCUGGCAGUGAUGACUUUGCUGCAUAUCUCAACGAAGCACUAGAUGCAAAUUCAUCCAGCUCAUCCUCAGAUGAAGAAGCUGAAGACAAAAAUGAGUUUGAGGAUGUCAGCAGUAAUAAAAGACGUAAGUUUGAAAGCACUGAAGAAACUGAGGGGUCUACUUCAGAAGGAAUUGUGAAACAUGAAUUAGUUGUUGCAGAGUCAUCUGUUAAGGUAGAUGCUUGUACACAUCCUGGUACAUUUGGAGACAUGUGUAUAUGUUGUGGGCAAAAGUUGGAUGAGGAAUCUGGUGUGACAUUUGGAUACAUACACAAGGGACUGAGACUUCACGAUGAGGAAAUUUCUAGACUGCGUAAUACAGACAUGAAGAAAUUUUUAUACAGUAGAAAACUUUACUUGGUUCUUGACCUAGAUCACACACUGUUAAAUACCACUAUCCUUAGUCAUUUGAGCCCAGAAGAGUUGCAUUUACAUAACGAGGCAGAUUCUCUAGAAGACGUCUCCAAAGGUAGCCUCUUCAAAUUGGAGCAUAUGCAUAUGAUGACCAAGUUGAGGCCCUUUGUCCGUACAUUUCUUAAAGAAGCAAGUGAAAUGUUUGAGAUGUACAUCUACACUAUGGGUGAUAGGCCAUAUGCAUUGGAGAUGGCCAAGCUCCUUGAUCCUCGAGGAGAAUACUUCAAUGGUAAAGUGAUUUCUCGAGAUGAUGGGACUCAAAAGCAUCAAAAGGGUCUUGAUAUUGUUUUUGGGCAAGAAAGUGCUGUCUUAAUUCUAGACGAUACAGAACAUGCAUGGACAAAGCAUAAAAACAAUCUGAUACUUAUGGAAAGAUACCAUUUUUUCGCAUCAAGUUGUCGGCAAUUUGGCUUCAAUUGCAAAUCUCUUGCUGAAACAAAGAGUGAUGAAAAUGAAACAAAUGGAGCACUUGCAAAAAUACUUGAAGUGCUCAAGCAAAUCCAUAGCACGUUCUUUGAUAAACUUCAAGGAGAUCUUGUUGACCGAGAUGUGAGGAAGGUUUUGUCAUCACGUCGAGGUGAAAUCUUAAGCGAAUGUGUGAUCGUUUUCAGCCGUAUUAAUCAUGAUGCAUUACCAACCCUCCAGAGAGUUGCACAGCAAAUGGGAGCUACCUGUUUGACAGAACUUGACCCCACAGUGACACAUGUGGUUGCUACUGAUGCUGGAACUGAGAAGUCCAGAUGGGCAGUUAGAGAAGAUAAGUUUUUGGUUCAUCCUCGAUGGAUAGAAGCUGCAAAUUACUUUUGGCAAAAACAACCGGAGGCGUCCUUUGAUCUAAAGAAGACCACUAACAACUCGUAGUAUAUAGCACUGAUCUAUAUCCAUCUAUUGGUGAUGAAUCAAAAACUUCUCUCUAACUUCUUAUUUUGGUGAAGCAAAUUGAGAAAUUUUUUUGCUCUGAUGAAUCAAAAACUUCUCACUUUUGAACUUCUUAUUUUGGUAGAUGCAAAAGAGAACUUUCCCUUGUUCCACAACAGAAGUUUAGGCUUUUAUGAUGAUUUUGUAGUUUAUGAAACCAAAGAACAUGGAAGGUUACAAUGCUAUUGCAAUUAUAACAUGUACAGUUUCUAUUG